CACAACAUUCCUUUCUGUCCCGAAACGCCUCCUCCUCCCCCCCGCCAAACUAACCUGUAUGGGGGACUGUGUGGAGCUGACACGUAAACUCUGUCCGUAUCUCGGGCCACGCAGGAUACUACCAAUUGGGGCAGAAAACAGCCCCUGACCCGAACAAAAGGUUAGCUUGUUAGAAGAAGUAUGGAGGCAAGAGACGCUACGGCAGGUGCUUUUGUUAGCAGAAGUGGAAAAGAGCAAACCGCAAAGAAGGAAGAUGCAGCUCCCAGAGCAAAAUCACCCCCGACUCAGAGCAGGAUGGAGCAGAUGUUUGGGUUCAAGGCAGAAGACCUGAGUUCCUGGCAGAACCUGGUGGUCCUCCUGAACAGACCCACUGACCCUGCAUCUCUGGGCAUCUUCCGCUUUUUAUUUGGUAUGCUGAUGGCCAUCGAUGUAACACAGGAAAGAGGUCUGAGUCACCUGGACUACAAAUAUUUGGACGGGGCACCUGUGUGCCGCUUUCCUCUUUUCGACUUCUUGCAGCCACUUCCACUAGACUGGAUGUAUUUGUUGUAUCUAGUCAUGUUCCUCGGGGCGCUGGGGAUCAUGCUUGGUUGUUUCUACCGCCUUUCCUGCCUCAUGUUUAUCUCCACCUACUGGUACGUCUUCUUUUUGGACAAAACGGCCUGGAACAAUCACUCAUACCUCUAUGGUCUCAUCGGAUUCCAGCUCACACUCAUGGACGGCAACCGAUACUGGUCAGUGGACGGGCUGCGAAGGCCGUCCAUAAGAAACGCUCACGUGCCUCUUUGGAACUACACCCUUCUAAGGACACAGAUAUUUAUCGUGUAUUUCAUCGCUGGAAUCAAAAAGCUGGAUGCCGACUGGGUGGAGGGAUACUCCAUGUCAUACCUAGCACACCACAGGCUCUUUGAUCCUUUCAAAGUGAUUCUUCCUGUGGAGUUAGUCAGUCUGUUGGUCGUCCAUGGAGGCGGUCUUGUUCUAGAUCUGACUGCUGGAUAUCUACUCUUUUUUGACGCAACACGGCCUUAUGCUAUUUUCUUCGUCUCAUACUUCCAUUGUAUGAACUCUCAGCUCUUCAGCAUCGGAAUGUUCUCCUACACCAUGCUGGCCACCAGUCCUCUCUUCUGCUACCCCGACUGGCCAAGAAGAUUCUUCGCUCGUUUCCCGUCGUUUCUCAGUUCCGUCCUGCCCCUGACCUCAGCAGAGUCUCAGCCCAGCUCCUCGUGUGUUUACAAGGAAGUUCUCAGUGCUGAAGGGCAGGAGACCCCAACUGCCCCAAAAGCCUCCAAACUGAGAUUUAAGCACAAGCUGGCAGCCAUUUUCACUAUUGUCUACAUAGCUGAACAGUUUUUCCUGCCUUAUUCCCACUUCAUCACACAGGGUUACAACAACUGGACUAACGGCUUGUAUGGAUACUCAUGGGACAUGAUGGUUCACUCCCGCACCCAUCAGCAUGUAAAGAUCACCUACAGAGAUGGAAAAACCGGUGAAAUUGGAUAUCUGAACCCAGGGGUUUUCACUCAGAGUCGACGUUGGAAAGAUCACGGCGACAUGCUGAAGCAGUACGCCACAUGUCUGAAUCAGUUAUUGCCACGCUACAACAUCUCUGAUCCAGAAAUCUAUUUCGACAUCUGGGUGUCGAUCAACGAGCGAUUUCAGCAAAGGAUCUUUGAUCCUCGCGUGGACAUUGUGACGGCUGAUUGGUCACCUUUCCAGCCAAACCCGUGGCUCAUGCCUCUGUUGGUGGACCUCUCACCCUGGAGGACCAAAUUCCAGGAGAUCGAGAGCAGUUUGGACAACCAAACAGAGAUCGUUUUCAUCGCGGAUUUCCCAGGUCUCCACCUGGAGAACUUUGUGAGUGAAGACCUAGGCAACACCAGCAUCCACAUGCUACAAGGGAAAGUGAAUGUGGAGAUUGUGGAGGAGAAGAAGAACUACACCCUCCAGCCUAAUGAGCAGAUAAAUGUUCCUGCUGGAGCUUACCAUAAGGUCUACACGGUGUCUGAGGAGCCGUCCUGUUACAUGUACGUCUACGUCAACACCACUGAGGCAGCGCUGCAGGACAAUUUCACCAAGCUGUUUGAGCUCCAAGAGCGCAUACGCAAUGGAACAGAAACGGAGCCUCUUCCUCCUGAGCUGCAGCCUCUUAUGGCAACGGACUCCGAAGGCGCAGAGGUCAACGCCACUGACCCGAUUGUGCAGCUUUUCCUGAAGAGGCAGCGCCGCUUGAAGGAGGUGAAAAAGCGCAGAGAGGCUGGCCUGCUCGAGCGGAUGGAACGCUUUACUGUUAAAAAGUACUACACGAUUCGAAGAGGAUUCCUUAUGACGGCCAUCGCCGUGCGUAACCUCGCCUUUGGCCUGCCUCCUCUGGACCAGCUGAGAGAAGAAGUUGCCUUUGCAAACAUGAAAGGACCACAAGAAGAAGCCAAUCAAAAUGAUCCACUCAAGGAUGAAGUUGGUCAUGCAGAGCUUUGAAGUUGUAGUGUCAGCUAAGCCAUGAAUAAUGGUGAACGGACAGCAGGUGGCAAGUCACACAACCAGUCUGUGUGUUAAUGUUGGGCUGAUACUUCAGAGGGACAAAGGAUUUCAUGUUUGCUAAUCCACAAAAAGACUUUAUGCAUCACUUAUGAAUCAGAAAAUCCUGCAGAAGACUGUUACAGCACCUAUAAAACCCCAAUCCUGCCGUCUCUGGACAUGAGGAUCCAUUAGAGGAAAGAUGAGAACGUGGUAGGAUGCAGAGAUGGUUUUUCAUAACGUGGAACGACUCAAAAGAAUUUUGCACCACACAGAUUUAAUAAAGGCAAUUGUUUAGUAAAAA